UGGCCACUGUAUCCCUUAAAGCCAUCACUUCUUCACAUUAUUUCCUUUCUUCAACCCCUUCAAAGUUUUUUGGAGAUUUCACUAGCCAUAUUUGGGAGCUAGUGCAGGAAUUUUCCGGCGAAAUGAGUCGGUUUCACCAUGGCGGCCUUGCCAAUGGUCGUCGAUAUUUGCCACAAAUCUUAGUGGCAUUGGCCAUAUUGGCGGUUGCUAAUGUAGUGUCAGCAGAUCCUUAUAUAUAUUCUUCUCCACCACCUCCAGCAUACGAGUACAAGUCACCAUCACCUCCGUCUCCUUCUCCGCCACCACCUUAUGUGUAUAAAUCUCCACCUCCCCCAUCACCUUCUCCCCCGCCACCAUAUGUUUAUAAAUCACCUCCACCUCCUUCUCCAUCACCACCUCCACCAUAUGUGUAUAUGUCUCCUCCACCCCCAUCACCUUCACCUCCACCGCCUUAUGUGUAUAAAUCACCACCUCCUCCUUCGCCAUCUCCCCCGCCCCCGUAUGUGUACAAAUCUCCUCCUCCACCAUCACCUUCACCACCACCUCCAUAUUAUUAUAACUCGCCACCUCCACCUUCACCAUCACCUCCACCACCAUAUUAUUAUAAAUCUCCGCCACCACCCUCGUCAUCACCACCUCCACCUUACUAUUAUAAGUCUCCACCGCCACCUUCUCCUUCACCUCCUCCACCAUACUACUAUAAAUCUCCACCACCUCCUUCACCUUCACCUCCGCCACAUUAUUAUUACAAGUCUCCGCCUCCCCCAUCACCAUCACCACCACCACCAUACUAUUACAAGUCCCAACCAACACCUGCUAAGUCACCUCCUCCCCCAUACUACUACAGUUCUCCACCACCACCACUAAUGUCUCCUCCUCCACCAUAUUAUUAUUCCUCACCACCACCACCAAAAAAAUCAUCUCCGCCACCAUAUCACUAUACUUCCCCACCACCACCAGUUAAGUCUCCUCCUCCACCAUAUUAUUAUUCCUCACCACCACCUCCUAAGAAAUCACCUCCUCCCCCAUAUCAUUAUAGUUCCCCACCACCACCAGUUAAGUCUCCUCCUCCACCGUAUUACUAUUCCUCACCACCACCGUCCAAGAAAUCACCUCCUCCGCCUUAUUACUACUCUUCUCCACCACCACCAAAGAAAUCACCGCCGCCACCAUAUCACUUCUCUUCCCCAUCACCACCAGUAAAGUCACCUCCAACUCCAUAUUACUACACCUCCCCACCACCACCAAAGAAGUCCUCUCCCCCACCACACUAUUACACUUCACCGUCACCACCUACUCAUUACUCUCCUCCACGUCAUCAUUUGGUGGUAAAGGUUGUCGGAAAGGUCUACUGUUUUAGAUGCUAUGAUUCAAAAUACCCAGAAAAGUCUCAUGGCAAGAAACACCUGAAAGGUGCUGUUGUUAAGGUAACUUGUAAGGCCGGUAACAAGAAAAUUGUGAGUUACGGUACCACAAAGAUCAAUGGCAAAUUCAACAUUACUGUUAAAGGAUUUGAAUAUGCUAAAUAUGGAGGAAAAGCUUGCAAGGCUAAACUACACAAUGCUCCAAAAGAUUCAAAGUGUGACAUUCCUACAAACCUUCAUUGGGGAGUAAAGGGCGCUAACCUUAAAGUGAAGUCAAAGAACCAUUAUGAAGUUGUACUCUAUGCAAAACCAUUUGCAUAUGGCUCUAAGACACCUUAUGCAAAAUGCACAAAACCUAAGCCUACACCUACUCCAUACUACUAUAAAUCUCCUCCACCUUCAUCACCGACUUAUAUUUAUAAGUCACCACCUCCUCCAUCACCAACAUAUGUUUACAAGUCACCACCUCCCCCAACCCCGAUAUAUGUUUACAAAUCUCCGCCACCACCAACUAAGUCUUCACCAUCUCCUUAUUACUACAAGUCUCCACCUCCACCAUCACCAAAACCUGCUCCUGUAUACUAUUAUAAAUCACCACCACCUCCAUCACCAUCGCCUCCACCUCCUUACUAUUAUAAAUCUCCUCCACCACCAUCACCUUCUCCUCCUCCUCCAUAUUACUACAAGUCGCCACCACCCCCAUCACCAUCGCCUCGACCACCAUACUACUAUAAGUCACCAUCACCGCCAUCCCCAUCACCACCCCCGCCCUAUUAUUACAAGUCUCCACCUCCACCAUCACCAAAACCUGCACUUGUGUACUAUUAUAAAUCACCACCACCCCCGUCACUAUCGCCUCCACCUCCUUACUAUUAUAAAUCUCCUCCACCACCAUCGCCUUCUCCUCCCCCUCCAUAUUACUACAAGUCGCCACCACCCCCAUCACCAUCACCCCCACCACCGUACUACUAUAAGUCACCACCACCACCAUCUUCAUCACCACCCCCGUCGUAUUACUAUAUGUCUCCUCCUCCACCAUCUCCAUCACCACCCCCGUCUUAUUACUACAAGUCUCCUCCACCACCAUCACCAUCUCCUCCACCACCCUAUUACUAUAAAUCACCACCACCUCCCUCGCCAUCACCUCCACCUCCAUAUUACUACAAGUCUCCACCACCACCAUCUCCAUCACCGCCACCACCCUAUUUCUACAAGUCUCCUCCUCCACCAUCGCCUUCUCCUCCACCUCCAUACUAUUACCACUCUCCACCUCCACCAGUAAAGUCUCCUCCUCCUCUUAUUACUACAACUCACCUCCUCCACCAGUGAAAUCACCUCCUCCACCAGUAUACAUUUAUGCUUCUCCGCCACCUCCAAUCCACUACUAAGUAUUUCUAAGAGCUCAGCCAUUCUCCAUAAUCAAUCAAAUUUUAGUUUGAAGCACUAAAUAAAUGCUGGCUUCUUGAGGAGAAGAUUCAAACGUCAAAUGAUGCAAAGCAAUUAAUUUAUGGAAUAAGAUAUUCAACUUUUCAAUUGAAGGAUUGAUUCUUAUUGCACAUUGUUCUCUAGUGCAUUCACGGGGACAAGGCUACAAUGAUUUUGAUUCUUCAUAUAUAGAGUUUGUUUUUUAGUAAUUUAUUGUUGUAUUGAGGAUGUCCUCAUUUUAUUCAUUUCCAAUUAGUUAUUGCAAGUUGUUUUCUUGUAAUACCUUAGUGUACUUUGUGCACAAAUCAAUAAGAAGAUCAAUUUCGUUAUAUUCA